CUCAAACCACAUCCACACCCUAUUAACAAUACACCUCUCUCUCACGCAAUAAAACCCCGUCAACAAAUGCACCCCAUAAAUGAGAGCUGAUAAUCGUAUCAGUCCCUUGUGCUCUCUCUUCCAUUUUGAAUCUUCGUAGCAUUUUGUUGGUCGCCGUCGUUUCUGCUUGUAACCACAGAACCGAAUAUGGCAAACGCUGCAUCUGGAAUGGCUGUGCAUGAUGAUUGCAAGCGGAGGUUCUUAGAACUCAAGGCGAAACGGACUCACCGCUUUAUAGUCUUUAAGAUUGAAGAGAAGCAGAAGCAGGUUAUUGUUGAAAAAAUUGGCGACCCAGAUCAAAACUACGGCGACUUUGCUGCUACUCUUCCUCCUAAUGAAUGCAGAUACGCUGUUUACGACUUUGAUUUUGUUACUGCAGAGAAUUGCCAGAAAAGCAGGAUAUUCUUCAUUGCUUGGUGUCCUGACACUUCUCGUGUCCGAAGCAAGAUGAUCUAUGCCAGCUCAAAGGAUAGAUUCAAGAGGGAGCUUGAUGGAAUUCAAGUGGAAUUGCAAGCAACUGAUCCAACUGAAAUGGAUCUUGACGUUAUCAAGAGUCGCGCAAGCUAAGUAAAAACCCACAAGCCUCUUUUGCCUUUGCAAUAUAAUGGUCAUCACUUGAAAACGGUUGUCUAUAAAAAUACAAUUGUGUAGUGAUGACUACUCACAAGUACUUGUUGCAGUGUUCUAUUGAUUUUAACUGGAGUUUUGUGUGUCAUAUACUAUGAUGGUAUUUUCCUAGUAUAUUUUUUGGGUGUUCCAUUUGUACACCAAUAUAUAUCUACAUGCUCACAAUUCCAUAUGACAACUUGAGAUGUGUUAGAUUUAGACAUUUCGUGUUGUUUGGGAGUGCGAAAAGAGUAGUAUUCUACUUGGUGUUCUAGCUGCCAUGAAGAUAGAGCAGCAUUUUUAUUACUAAAAGUGUAGGUAGUGUAACUCAAUCACAGUGGGAGGCAGGUAUAAGAAUCGGUGAUUUCGGACAUCCUCCUGAAAACAAAGUGUUCACCCUAUUUUGCCCUCGCAUCCCUCCAAUUUGAAGCAGCUCUUCACGGAAUCGACAUCGUCAUCGCAGGGAAGAAGUUGCUGGCUGUGGAACUGGAUGAGAAGAGGGAUUUGAUUGCGGGCGGCGGCGGAGAAGGAGGAAGGGGUGUUGUUGUCGUGUUGGAGGAGGAGUAAUCGAGGGUGUUGAGGCGUUCGCGGAAGCAGGAAGGGCCAAAUCUGGUGAACUGCUAGAUGGGGUGGCGAUUGCAGCUGAAGGAUGACCGCGGCGGUUGUUGCGACAGCAGAGGUGGGUGUGCAGUUGGGUCCGCCGUCUGCUGCAGAAGUGGAGAUUCAUUCCAAAAUCUAGCUAGGGGUAGUUUAGUCUGAGACAUUUUAUUUUCAGCCAUGAUCCGUUUCAACCAAACACACACAAAUUGGGCUGUAGUAAUUUGUUGGGUUGAACCAAACAACCCACAACUCUAUCCACCAAAUCAAGAUAAGCCCGUUUCCCACAAA